UAGGGGAUCCGCCUCCUUGCUUGGAAGGAUUUACUCAAUGCGCAGACAAUCAAUGAGCAACCAUCCAAAGUCUCCCAAACGGCUUUUGCUCCAGAACGGACGUGGCUAAAACUGCGUCCAGCUCCAGCCCCAGACAGAAGACGGUCCGGCAAGGAAGCAAGGAAAGGGCGUGUUGUUUGAUCCCCCAGCCCUUGGACUGACCCCCCAGCUGAUCGGAGCUCCAUAGCGGACCAACAUGACAGCUCUUCUGAGGAGCCUACUGGCUGCCUCAGAGAAAGCCGCCCGCAUUGCCCAGCUAUGUCGCCAGGAGGAGGCCCUCUUCAGCCUGCUCAUAGAGGAGAAGAGAGGUGUGGACAAGAAUAAGAAGUUCUUACAGGACUUCAAGACAUUGGCAGACGUGCUGAUCCAAGAAGUCAUCAAGCAUGAUGUGGGAAAAGAGUUUCCAGAACUACAAGAUCACAUUUGUGGUGAGGAGUCCAACAAAUUUGAAAAUGGCCUUGGGGAGAUUGUAGUGGUGCGGGUUUGCCCCACCCAGCAGGAAACUGCUGCCUUGCUGCAGAAAGCCCUGGAUCGGAAACAGACAGCAGCUGAGUUGUUGGCAGCUGCUGUUCAUCAGGAAGUAGUGCUUUCAGACCCAGCAUUGGACAAUGUGGCUGUGACCAUCUCGACAGAGAGGUUGGCUGUAUGGAUCGACCCCAUAGAUUCCACUAAUCAGUACAUCCGUGGGUGUGGCAGCGUGGUGCCUGUGGAUGGCAUCUAUCCAUCUGGGCUUCACUCAGCACUUGUGCUGAUAGGGGUAUACAACCGUCACUCAGGUGAGCCUGUCCUCGGCAUCAUCAACGAGCCGUUCUUCCAGGAGGAGCUGUCAGCACACAGGUGGCAGAGCAAAUACCACUGGGGCAUCUUCUACGGAGGCACCAAGCUGAGCUCGCUGAGCCAGCCCGAGCAGCGGCCUUCCCCCCGCGUGGUGCUGAGCAGCAACGAGACAGUGGCGCUGCAGAGAGCACUGGCCCCUCUGUACGGUGAGCAGCUCUGCUUUGCUUCAGGCGCUGGGUACAAGAUGCUCUGCGUCGCCCUGGGCCUUGCCGAUGCUUAUGUGCUCUCGGAAGGCAGCACCUUCAAGUGGGACUCGUGCGGCCCCCAUGCCAUUCUGCGAGCCCUCGGGGGAGGCAUCGUUGAUCUUUCGGCGGCCCUGCAGGCUUGGCGGGCUGGGCAACGCAAACAAUUGCCCGAACUGACCUACAACGAGCCUGUAGAGGACUCUGUGGGUGCCGAGCGCUGGGCAAAUCAAGGAGGGCUUGUAGCCUACGUCUCCCAUGAGCACCUCGAGGCUGUGAUGGUCACACUAGCAAACGCAGCAGAUACUUUCUAAAACAGCCCCGUCAGUGCAGUCUGGUGGGAGCACUUCCCCGUGUAGGAGGGGCAGUAAGGAGUCUCUAAGCAAGGAAGAGUGGGACUCUAAUUUUUAAUGGACCAAUCAGAUAUUGAAGAUGGCAGCAUCCCAACCUGGGAUAGGGGUGGUACAGAUGUUAUGCUUUUGACCUCCUGCUUUUCCACACUGGCUGCAUCAAUAAAAACUCCACUUCUCAUGCAUGGCAGGCAGUAGGGGAAGUAUUUCUUAAAUUGGUCCCCUUCUAUUCUCCUUGGUGCAUCAUUUCUCUUGUGUGGGUAAUGUGUAUCAUGGAUAAUACAGUAAACAUGCAUUGGGGCCAUUAAAUAAUCUCCGUUUAUCUCUGCUUAGGUGCCCCUCGUGUUUUGUAUGGGGCACAGCACAAGAUUUCUUGCUGCUGCUUCCUCACAGGCAUAAUUUCUGCAGUGCUUGUGAUGCACAGAGUGGAUUAAGUAGCAACAAAACAAAUUUAGCUUUUGCUGUAAGGAGCUAUGGGAUUUUUGAUCCUGCUUCAUGUUAGGAUGCAAGGUUUAUUAGCCUUUGGGUCCCUUCUUAACACUGUGGGAAGUAUCUACAAUUAGCAUUCUUUAACCUAAAGGCAUUUUCUCUCAGAGGAAACGGUGAGAACUUUAAUUCUCUGGAAGGGGAGGACCUGGGCUAGAAUCUCUAAUAGAGAGGCUUUGGGGAAAGAGUCAUGGCAUGUGAAUAUCUAUAAAAUUGCUAUAUAAUGUGAAUAUAUACUGCAAUUUGGGAAUUUUUUUCCCACACCACUGUCUUCUGAACUUGCAAUUUAUCUUUUGCAAUCCAGUAUGAUGGAAAUUCUUGCAAAUUAAUCAAAGCAGUUUCCUGAGGGUCUGUAUUGUUUUAUUUUUAAAACAUGUUUAUUUAAAAAUAUAUUCUGCAAGUGACAAAAGAAACAUUAAGAAUUCAUUCAGGGAAGAAGGGAAGACAGAGGACAGUAUUCAGCCGAACAUUUCUUUAUUGCCACCCAUACUUCCUGUGCAUCUAACUAACCAUUAUAAACAAAAAUCAUAAACUGUUAAAUUCAGGUACUGGUAUUUGAUUCAGCUUUCAUUCAUUAAAUGAAAGCUAAAUCAAAUUACAGAUUUAAUUUAGAUAAAGAUACUGAUUUAGAUUUAGAAAUGGACUAAAAAUCGUCACUGCAAAGUAGUGAUUUUGUAAAGUAUAUUUUCACUUUUUAUAAAGAACUUGGAGUGGUUUUUUUUAAUAGUAGAGUAUAUCUAAGAUUGAAAUUGUACAGAGCAUUCUCAGAUAUUUUUUCCAGACAUUUUAUCUGGUAUAUUAAAUAGUAUAAUAUUAUAAUAAACAAUAUAUUUGAAAACAUUAA